AGAGGAGCCCAGGGCAGGGGGAGGCAGAGCAAACCCCGCACCUUGGGCGCUUCGAGAAGGAGCAGGAGCAGCAAAAGGGAAAAAACAGCCCGGGGAGGAGGAGAGCCCGGGGAGAUGCGAACCCGGGAGAGGAGCAGCCCACGGCGGGCCGGCAGCCAAGGCUGCGGAGCCGGGCCCGGGGCCGCGGGGAUGCCCCGCAGCCUCCCGAGCAGCGGGAGCACAGGCUGCCGUGCGGGCUCGCUCCUGCGCUGCCGGGGCUCGCACACGCGUGUGCACACCCGGGCUCCGCGGCUGCGGGAGGGAUGCUGGGCACACGCGGCAGAGAUUUGUUAAAAAUAUCGCGAUUAUUAGUUAAAAAGGGAGAAGGAAGGGGGAAAAAAUGAAAAACAGAGCGAGAGAAAAGGGGGAGGGGAGGAGGGAAGGGGGAGGGAAGGGGCAUCGCGUCACGGGAGAGAUUUCCUUAUUGGGACUCCCUAGCCUACAUCCUGAGUCCAUGUAUGGGCAUUUACGUCACGGCAGCCUCACUGGGGACUCCAGAAAUGGCUGCGGCGGAAGGUCGGAGCAGCCCCGCUCCCGCUAUAAAGGGGGCGGCGGGGAGGGAGCUCCGGCUGUCCGCUCGGGCUGCGCCGCCGCCGGGCCCUGCCUGCCCCCCCCGGCCCCGCCCGGGCCCUGCCCCCGCAGCGCCCCCGCAGCGCCCGGGCCCCCCGCCCCGGCACCCCCCGCACCGCCCCAAGCACCCCAGGGCAUCGCCUGCGGGGUCCGCGGCACCUGCCCCGAGCAUCCCUGGCACCGGUCCGGGCUCCCCGAGCGUGGCCCGGCUCGUCCCCGAGCAUCCCUCGGAUCGGGGCGGGCACCCCGAGCGCUCCCGGCUCAUCCCGGGCUCGCCCGGAGCACCCCCCGCCUCGCCCCUGAGCACCCAGCGGCUGUCCCUGGGCAUUCCCCGGCUCACCCCGGGCGCCUCCCGGCUCUCCCCGAGCAUCCCCGGCUCGUCCCAGCCCGACCCCCCCGCUCCGGCCGCGUCUCCAGGGAAGAUGCUCAACGUUAUGGAUUUCUCCUGCCCGGAUCCGCUUUACUCCAAGUACGAGGAGAGCUGCGAGAUGAAAACCGGAGACCUGCAGGGCUUGGGGCAGCCUGAGCAGCAACUUCUGGCAGAGGCCGAUUUCCUUGGAGGUGAGCUGCUGGGUGUCCCCGGCAGCGGCGGGGCCGUGGAUUACUCCCUGCUGGGCAGCCAGCCCUCCCCUUCCCUCAGCUACACCGGCAGCUUCUUCAUCAAGGCGGUACCGGAGCACCCGCAGGACCAGGAAUCCCUCUUCAACCUGAUGUCGGGCAUCCUGGGCAUCUCCCCCUUCGCCUCCUCCGAGGGCCACCAGAGGCACCUGGACGCUCUUUACCCCUGUGCCGAGGCGGCUCAGAGCCAGCUGGACCUGUACUCGUCGUGCCAGCCCGAGAUGAGCGGCUCCAGCCCGGCCCCGUUCCCGGAGCCGAGCUACGGCGCCUUCCCCGCGGCCGAGGGCGCCCAGCCCCUGCCGGGAAACACCUCGCAGUGCUUCUUCCAGCCCAAGCUCCUGGACAGCAAGCAGGACAUCAAGCUGUCCUCCGGCUCUCCGCCCCUGGACAAGUUCAAGGCCACCUGUGCCCAGUGGGAGCCCCUCUCCCAGCAGCACCAGGCCUACUUGCCCGCCGGCUUCCACUCUCCCGAGGGCUUCCCGGCCACCGAGAGCGGCCAGGGGCUGUUCCCCCCGCUGGGCUCCAAGAUGGAGAGCGUCUUGUCCGUCAGCUGCCAGCCGGAGCUGGGCAGCCUGGCAGAGGACGCCGCCUGCUUUGGAGCCCAUCUGGGCUUCGGCUGCGAGCCAGAGAACUUCCCGGCCCGCGGGGACUUCGCCGACAGCAAGAUCCACGCCCUGCCCGCGCCGCUGCUGCCGGACUUCGACGCCUCCUUGGCCCAGCCCGAGGUCCUGCCGGGCCUGAUGAGCUCCGCCGAGCUCCUCCACCCUCACCCCUCUCCUUCCGUGCCCCCCGCGGACUUCCUGGGCCACGCCACGGCCCCGUCGCUGCCCUCCCUGCUGCCCCCCAACCCCGCCGCGCCGGCCGAGCCCAAGAAGAAGGCGCGGCGCAGCAAGUGCUCCUCCAAGUGCUUCUGCCCCAAGCCCCACGAGAAGGCGUUCGCCUGCCCGGUGGAGAACUGCGUCCGCAGCUUCGCCCGCUCCGACGAGCUCAACCGGCACCUGCGCAUCCACACGGGCCACAAGCCCUUCCAGUGCCGCAUCUGCCUGCGCAACUUCAGCCGCAGCGACCACCUGACCACGCACAUCCGCACGCACACGGGCGAGAAGCCCUUCUCCUGCGACACCUGCGGCCGCCGCUUCGCCCGCUCCGACGAGAAGAAGCGCCACAGCAAGGUGCACCUCAAGCAGAAGGCGCGCAGCGAGGAGAAGCUCAAGGGCCUGGGCUUCUUCUCCGUGGGGCUCUCCUUCGGGACACUCUGAGCCCGCGGCCUGGGCGCUGCCAGGCGGCGUUCCCGAGGUGCCCCGAGCGUCUCACCGGAGAGCCGGGGUGGGAGCUCGCUCCCGCUGGUCCCGAGGCGGGCGGCGGAGCCGGGCGGGCCCCAGGGCGGCCCGCGGGAGGCGAGGCAGGCGACGCCGCGGGGACGGAGCGCGGCAGCCCCGGGAGCCACCCGAGCCCGGGACUGAGCCACCCUGCAGCUCCCGUUCCGAGGAGGGCGAAGGAGAGCCCGUGUACAGACAGACAGACAGACAGACAGAAAUCACCGCCGAGGGGGGUGCGUUGGACACUCGGCGUUGGGAGCGCCCGGCUGUGGUUUCCCGAGGCAGCGCUUCCCAGGAUGUUCCUGCCUGGAGAUUUUCCGGUCGGGGCUGCGGCUGCUCCCGUCCUUUCUCCCCAGGGAGGGAGAGAGACCCCACUGGGCUCUGGAAACUGGUGCUAACAGGCCCUUGGGAAAGGUGAUUUCAUUAUUAUUAUUAUUAUUAUUAUUAUUAUUAUUAUUAUUAUUAUUAUUAUUAUUAUUAUGUUUGUAAAAAGAAAAGGCCUCUAGCAGGAAUAUUUCAGAUUUGUGUCUAUUUUUCUAAUUAAAGAUUUGAGCUGACCCAAGCCCUCCGAGCUGAGGUUGCUCUUGGCCUUUCCAUCCUGUAUUUCCGUUGGG